AUCCGAGCGUGACUGUCAAAUCUACAUAUUCUCUCUCUCUCUCUCCUCUUCUUCUUCUUCUCCUCAGUUUGUUUCUUUCUAGACAAUAGCUCUCUCUUCUCUUACCCUCUCUCUCUCUCACCUGUAAAUUUUCACAAUUCAGAGAGAGACCUGGUUUCUGAGAUAGUUCAGUUCAUAAACAAUCGGCGACCUUUUCCACUCUUCCUCGGGAAUUCCUCGUCUUCAAUCUGUGUCUUCUCUUUCAGAAUGUAGUGUUCCAGAUUUUUCAAGGACUGGUUCUGAUUUGAUAGAAUUCUGACUCAGAAUGGAGGGUGAUACAUUUUCAGGACUUGGCAAUGGCACUCAGAUAGAUGGCAAGAUCUUGCAGACAUUUCAGAAAAACUUUGUUCAGGUUCAAAACAUCUUAGAUCAAAAUAGGCUGCUCAUCAAUGAGAUAAACCAGAAUCAUGAAUCUAAGAUCCCUGACAACUUAAGCAGAAAUGUGGGUCUGAUUAGAGAGCUCAACAAUAAUAUCAGAAGAGUUGUUGACCUUUAUGCUGAUCUUUCAAGCUCCUUCACUAAAUCCAUGGAAGCUUCCUCUGAAGGAGAUUCAAGUGGGGCUUUGAAAUCUGAUGCCAAAGCUGGUCACAAGAGAAAUAGGCCUGCAUAGAAGAGAAACUUCAUGUUUUCAAAAUCUUCAUUCUUUGCACAGUGGGGAAAGAAGAAUUUCACAAAUUGCCUUGAGGUAGCAGAACAUGAUUAUUAUUAUUAGAUUCUGCAUCUUUUUUAUUAUUGACCUGUCUUUAGUUCUCUCCACUUCUACUUCUUAGAGAAAUAAUUGGCCAACAUUUUCUGUUCAAUUGUAACUGUGUAGCCUUUGAUCUAAUUGAAAUCAAGCAUGUUUGUGCUUA